AUGGCUUGGCGAUUAAUUUGUGAUCGUGGUCAACAAAUAUGGAAAUAUUUUGUAAAUGAAAAUUCCAAUUCAAUUGAAUUUGAUAAAGAAAGUUUGAAUUCUUCAGAUAAAGUUUAUCGAGAAUAUGCUAUUGAACAAAAUUCUAAACGAUUAAAUAUUGAUGAAAAUCAAUAUGAAAAAUUUCAUAUACCUUUAUUUAAAGAUGAAUUAUGUUCAUCAGUAGUUAAAAGUGUUUUAAAUGGAAUAGAUUAUUAUUCAUCAUUACAAGUUGAUGAUGGUCAUUGGCCUGGAGAUUAUGGUGGUCCAAUGUUUUUAUUACCUGGUGCAAUAAUAACAUCUUAUAUAACAAAAUUUGAAUUUUCUCAAGAAGAAAAAAAUGAAAUGAUAAAAUAUUUAUUUAAUCAUCAAUUAUCAAAUGGUGGAUGGGGAACUCAUAUUGAAAAUAAAGCAACAAUGUUUGGAACUGUUUUAAACUAUAUAUCAUUAAGAUUAUUAGGAAUUCCAUUUAAUAAUGAACAAUUACAAAAAGCAUAUAGUUUUAUUCAAUCAGAAGGUGGUGCAAUGUAUGCUCCAAGUUGGGCGAAAUUUUGGUUAUGUGUAUUAGGAGUAAUGCCAUGGGAAGGUGUUAAUUCAUUAUUUCCUGAAUUAUGGUUAUUACCUGAAUGGUUAUCUGUACAUCCUUCACGAUAUUGGUGUCAUUGUAGAAUGGUUUAUUUACCAAUGAGUUAUGUUUAUGCUGAAAAAAUUGUUGGUGAAAUAACUCCACUUAUUAAAGAAUUACGAAAUGAAUUAUAUAUUGAAAAAUAUCAUGAGAUUGAUUUUACUAAACAUCGAAAUUCAAUUAGUUCCUUAGAUUUAUAUACUCCACAAACAUAUUUAUUAAAAAUAUUAAAUAUUUUUACAAAUACUUAUGAAUCUGUAUAUAAUCGUCAAUUACGUAAUAAAGCAAGUGAAUUUUUAAUAGAUUAUAUUCAAGCAGAAGAUGAACAUACAAAUUAUAUAAAUAUUGGACCAGUAAAUAAAUUUAUAAAUAUGUUAUCAAUAUGGUAUUCAAAAGGACGUCAAAGUCAACAAUUUCAACAACAUUUAAAUCGUGUUAAAGAUUAUUUAUGGUUAAGUGAAGAUGGAAUGAAAAUUCAAGGUUAUAAUGGUUCACAAUUAUGGGAUACAGCUUUUUCAAUUCAAGCUAUUUUAGAAACAGGAUUAGAACAUUUAUAUACAAAUUGUCUUAAUUCAGCUUAUUAUUAUUUAGAAAUAAGUCAAGUAUUAGAAGAUGUUAAAGAUCAUGUUAAAUAUUAUCGUCAUAUAUCAAAAGGUGGAUGGCCAUUUUCAACAAGAGAUCAUGGUUGGCCAAUUACAGAUUGUACAUCAGAAGGAAUAAAAGCUACAUUAUUAUUACAUGAACAAAUGUCGAAUGGUCCACGUUUAAUAACAUCUGAACGUUUAGAAGAUGCUAUUAAUUUUAUUUUAAGUACUCAAAAUAAAGAUGGUGGAUGGGCAUCUUAUGAACUUCAACGUUCAGGUUCUUGGUUAGAAUGGUUAAAUCCUGCUGAAGUAUUUCAAGGAAUUAUGGUUGAUUAUUCCUAUACAGAAUGUACAUCUGCUUGUAUUCAAGCAUUAUGGAAAUUUCGUUCACAAACGAUUUAUUCAAAUUAUCGACGAAAAGAAAUUGAUAUUUCAAUUAAACGUGGAAUUGAAUUUAUUAAAAAACAACAAAAAAUCGAUGGAAGUUGGUAUGGAAGUUGGGCUGUAUGUUUUACAUAUGGAACAUGGUUUGCUAUUGAAGCUUUAAUAACUGUUGGUGAAUCACCAAAAUCAAAAAUAAUUACAAAAGCAAUUGAAUUUUUAAUUUCAAAACAAAAUUCUGAUGGUGGAUGGGGAGAAUCUUAUUUAAGUUGUGUUCAUAAAACUUAUGUUCCUCAUAAACAAUCUCAAGUUGUUAAUACAUCUUGGGCUGUUUUAACAUUAAUGUCGGCAAAAGCUGAUUCAAAUAUAAUUCGAAAAGGUAUUCAAUUUAUUCUUAAUAAACAAUCUUCAAAUGGUGACUGGAAUCAACAAAGUAUUAGUGGUGUUUUUAAUGGAAAUUGUAUGAUUAGUUAUACAAAUUAUAGAAAUAUUUUUCCUAUUUGGGCUCUUGGAAGAUUUAUUAAAAAUUAUUCUACACAAUAA